ACAUGCUGUACACCAGAGUCAACAGGCAGAACAGUGUCACACACGCACACGGCCGCUCCGAAGUACACCGACAUUCAACACGACUGAAGGACACAGACCAGCAGCGACACCGGGUCAAAGUCACCUCUGUCCCCGCGGAUCACAGUCACUGCGGGAUGUAACUCUCCGGACCGUCCGCCCCGGUACAUCGCUUUUUUCCAUACACUGACUUAUUGUUUUCUGCCGGUGGACUUUCCUCAAAGGAAGCGGAUUUUUGAGGGACACUUGGUCACGUUGACACUUGGACACUCGGCUCCGUCACUCCUGGACCAUGGCGGAAGCGGUCCCGCAGCAGCCACACUUGGUGGAGAUCGACCCAGAGUUUGAGCCUCUUUCACGGCCGCGCUCAUGCACUUGGCCCCUGCCCCGACCGGAGUUCCUCACCCCGGGCGACUCUAACACGUCCUCCCCGGUGUCGUCAGUGAAGCAGGAGCCCAGCGGGAGCGAAUUCAUCAACAACCUGAGCCUGCUGGAGGAGAGCGAGGACUUCCCCGAGCAGGACCCCGGGCUGCUGUGCUCGGACUACUGCCAGGAGAGCCCACACCAGCCCCCUCCUCACCAGCAGCAUCACCUCCAUCAGCACCAGAGCCCCCAGCUGCCCCAGCCGCAGGUGCCCCUGCUCUCUCCGGCCGGGACCUCCUCCAACGCCGCUGCGGCCGCUGCUGCCGCCGCUGCCCAGAGGAAGAGCAGCUCGUCCCGCAGGAACGCCUGGGGGAACAUGUCAUAUGCAGACCUCAUCACCAAAGCCAUAGAGAGCUCCCCGGAGAACCGGCUCACUCUGUCCCAGAUCUAUGACUGGAUGGUGAAGAGCGUGCCUUACUUUAAGGACAAAGGGGACAGCAACAGCUCCGCGGGCUGGAAGAACUCCAUCCGGCACAACCUGUCCCUGCACAGCCGCUUUGUGCGUGUGCAGAACGAGGGCACAGGGAAAAGCUCCUGGUGGAUGUUAAACCCAGAGGGAGGCAAGAGCGGCAAGUCCCCCCGCCGUAGAGCCGCCUCCAUGGACAACAACAGCAAGUUCAGCAAGAGCCGGGGCCGCGCUGCCAAGAAAAAGCUGUCCAUGCAGGGAGGUCCAGAUGGGGGAGCGGACAGUCCAGGCUCGUACUCCAAGUGGCCCGGGAGCCCCAACUCCCACAGCAACGAUGACUUUGAUGCCUGGAACAGCUUCAGACCCCGGGCCAGCUCCAACGCCAGCACACUGAGCGGCCGCCUGUCCCCCUUUGUCCCUGAGGAUGACCUGGGUGAAGCCGACGCUCACAUGGGCUACCCGGGACCCCCUGCUGCAAAGAUGACCGCCACGCUCCCCAGCCUAUCCGAGAUGACUGGCUCUUUGGGACACAGCACAGAGAAUGUCAUGGAGAACCUUCUGGACAACCUCAAUCUGCUCUCGCCCAAUAACUCCCAGGUCGGAGGCGGGGCUACGACUCCAUGCUCCUCCCAGUCGUCGCCUUCUCCCAUGAUGCAACAGAGCCCUGGUUACCCUUCGUACAGUUCGCCAAAUAUGGUGUCCCAAUCGCAGCAGGACUACCGGAAGUGCGGGUAUGGCCAGGCAGGGAUGGGUAGCUUACCAUCUAUGCCAUUGCAGCCUGUUCCUGAGACAAAGUCCGGGUUUGGUGGUGGGAUGGGACAGUACGGUUGCACAGCGGGAUUACUGAAGGAGCUUCUCACCACGGACACGGAUCAACACGGGGAACUCAUGCCUUCGGUGGACAGCGUGGUUUCUCAAUCCAUGCUCCCGCCUUACAACAGCACACAGCACAAAAUCAUGGGGGUUAAUGGACAUCCUUGCCUACCACACCCUCAUCAACAUAAUAUGCACAGCCAGCCCCCCACCCAUACUCCCCCUUCAAUGAACGGACGCAUGCUUAUGUCCCUCAACCAAAAUCGCUUGCCUUCAGUCAAGACCCCCAUGCACAUGCCCUACGGGCUUCAUCAUGGUGGAGGGGGUAUUCCUGGAAGCUUUUGCCCCCUGAAUACCAAUGGAUACGGUAGGCCCGGACCUCCGCUUCCCUCGCACUCAGAGAAACUGCCCAGCGAUUUGGACGACAUGUCGAUUGAGCGGUUCGAGUUUGACAUGGAGACAGUCCUCCAUGACACUUUGAUGGACGGGGACUCUCUGGACUUUAACUUUGAGCCAGUGGUCGGUCAGCAAGGGUUCCCCCACGGAGUGAAGACCACCACGCACAGCUGGGUGUCCGGCUGAAAACUGACCAGGACUUGUUUGGGAAUUCUCUGGAUGUCAUCGACAUUUCACAAAUCACCUCGGCAAAGACUCCUAAUGGCCCCAGAACUGUUAAAUUUGAAUUCUAUUUUGGGUAAACUAAACUAAGUGCCAAACAUUUUUGCCUUAAAAGAAAGCCAAACUGAACUUACUUCACGGGUUGAAUAACUUCUUUUUUUUUUUAUUAAACUACAGAAUUUGUAAUUGUAAAGCCUUGUUUCCACCAGUUUCACUAUGGUUAACUUUAUUGUGUGUCAAUUAUGGGAUCAGAUUCUGCAUACAUCUCUACAUAUCAUAUUCAAACACAUUCAACACCAACUAUAGACAUAUCAUCAUUUUGUAAUAUUUUUGGCAUGUUGCUAUAAUUUGCUAAAGAAUGCUAAUGAAAUCUAGAAAGUUUUGUCCUUUCCAACAUAAAAUUUUUGGUAUUGAUCUCUGCAUGGAAUACGUUAAGAUUCCCUUCAAUUCAUAGCUAUUCCCACACAGUAGUAAUAUCAUCCUACCAAUAAUUAUCAUUUAUUUGCUGACCAGAGCUUUCCAAUCUGAAAUUACAACAUGGUACUUUGUUACUAAUUAUAAUUCUGCUAGUUCAACAUAAUUGUUCAAAAAGCUCAUUCUCUAGCCACUCGUUGACAAUCCAAGCAGAGCCAUAUUGGAAUUGUUGGUGGAAACAUUGCUUGAAACUAGUACCAGCUACAUCUCAUCAGCAUCAAGCACAAUCCACAAGUGCACAAAGUCUGUGCUGUUUACUUCUCUGUACAGUAGAGCCAACUGCCUCUACAGACACGUUCUAAAGGUAAUCAUAUGGCGCGGGAGCUAGCGGUUGUUAGCGUGGGCAGGUCUGGUGUUGUCAGGUUAAGUGGCAGUUCUCAUGGGAUGACGAGAUGAUGUUACGUAAUUUUUGUCAUCCUCUAAAUGUAUAUAUAUUGUUGUCAGCUGAAUCAUUUCUUGGUGUAUUUUCCAUAAUUGUAAAUAGUGUUUACAAAGCAGAAGCAAAAAUCAAGGCAGCAGAAUUGACAACUGGAUGCAUUUAUUUCAAAGCCUUUUUUAACAGAUCUUUGAGAAUCUUCUACAAGGCUCAGACAUUUUGUACAUAUUUCAGAAUGUAUAUUAAAAUAAUGUGGACAUUUAUAGAUUGAUUAUAUAUUUGAGACCUAAAUUAUUUGUGUAGAUUUAUGCUGGUGCAUAACCUGCUCACAGAAAGGUUUUUUUUUUUAAUUAUUAUUAUUAUUUGUCUCAACCUGUAAACCUUAAAACCACAGGGGCCUAUUUAUUGUGCCUACAGAGCAGAUAUCAGGCUUGAAGGCUUUUUAUUGUAAAUAUCUGCGGUCCAGAAGAUCCUCAAUGUUUUGAAGUAACAGUGAAUUGAUUCUCUUUCUGCUUCACCUUUUCUUCAGAGCUCAAGCCAAGCCUGUGUAAAGUAGACAGUAGGGUUUUCUCACAUUUGGAGGCACUGUGAAUGUUGAGGUGAGGGCGGGGCAUCUGAGCCCUCAUACAGACACUGUGAGCCUGUCCCUUUACACGUCUCAUCUGUCUGGAAAACCCAGUGGAACUGACUAUGUCUUAGUGCGGUUUAUUCUACAAGGCCAAAAGCACCCGUGCUUGGCUCAGCUUUAAGCUUUUCACAAGACGCCCCUCCUACCUCUCUCUCUAUGUCUUUCUUUGACUCCACCCCUCUUACCCCCUCUAUAGGGUUGUUACGUCAUGAUGUCACUUCCAGGUCCAACAGGGAACUUCACAGCUGAUUUCUAGCUUUAUUUUUGUUCUUUAUUUAUCAAACAAGAGACAAUUACAAUUUGAAACUGAAUGUUCAACCAAAAACUGUAUCAAACAUGUAAGUAAUAUGUAGUAUGUUGUAAUAAUUUAGAAUAACAUAGGAUUAUCAGUAUGUAUAUCUCACUAAUUUCUAGUCAUCGCUAAUGCUAGCUUAGCCUAGCCUAACUUCUUACCUCACAGUAAAACCUUGCUAGCGUUAAAUGACUGCAAUCCUUUUUUUUAUUACAAGAUGUCUUGUCGCUAAAAAAAAGGGGUACUUGUAAACAUGUCCUUUAUUUUCAAUCAGCUGAUGCACCUUGGAUCCGGAAGUGACAUCACACUGAACAACUGCAUGUGCUUUAUAUUUCUCCUCUCUAUGUAUGUUUCUCUGACUCCACCCCUCCUACCUCUCUAUAUGUUUCUCUGACUCCAGCCCUCCUACCUCUCUAUAUGUUUCUCUGACUCCACCCCUCCUACCUCUCUAUAUGUUUCUCUGACUCCACCCCUCCUACCUCUCUUUAUAUGUUUCUCUGACUCCACCCCUCCUACCUCUCUAUAUGUUUCUCUGACUCCACCCCUCCUACCUCUCUAUAUGUUUCUCUGACUCCACCCCUCCUACCUCUCUAUAUGUUUCUCUGACUCCACCCCUCCUACCUCUCACUAUAUGUUUCUCUGACGCCGCCCCUCCUACCUCUCUAUACGUUUCUCUGAUGCCGCCCCUCCUACCUCUCUCUAUAUGUUUUGGACACUUUGGAUGAACAUGUGACUUCACAGCACCAAUGUUUUUAUAAUGUAUCGUCUUAAUUGUUUUGUCUUUUGUUCUUUAAAAGCGCCACUAAGUGUUAAGUAUUGCAUCAUGCUUGUAAAUAUGCAUUCCUGACUUGCCUUUUCUUACUGCUGUACUAACUGCUGGCCUGUAUGUGACUUACUAUGCAGAGUCACAAAUUGUGUAAAAUAAAGAUGGCUUCUCAUGAAGAUAACUGGUAAGUUUGAAAAACUACCUAUUGAAACUAAAUUAAAGUCAGUAGUUAUGCAAAUUAUUAUUAUUAUUUGUAAACACAUUGAGUAUGAGUAUAAUGGUACAUUCAAGAACACAUAUGCAUUUUUGUGGCUCUAAUUCACUUUUAAGCAUGCCAUUAGUCACCUUUGGAUAAGUAUUUCACAUUUUCUAACUUAAAAUAAUGUCUGCAUAUGGAAAAUGUAGUUUUCAAUUACAAUUUGACUGCAGAACGAGUCCAGUGAUGGUUUAUGGACUUAAAAACUGCGCAGGACAAGUCCAGAGUUUUACCUAUGACAUCACAAUCUAGGCAAAAUUUGGGCAAUUAAUGUAUUAAUGAAACAAACAUGAAUGAAGCAAAAAUACUACACCAGGUACAUUUUGAUGAGGGGACAGCAGUGUAACAUGAUUACACUAAUGCCAUUUAGCAUAAAAUGUGUUCUUUAAAGUUGUACAUAAACUUACAUUCACAUAUAGCGUCAUCAUCAUUACAUAGUGCUAGUAGUUAUUCCAAACAUAUUUAAUCAAAUAUUCCGGUUACUUCAGACCUAGAAAGAGUGAAUAAUGUUAACAAUUGCAUCACAUUUGGAGCUGUUAUGAUUUUGAUACCAACUGGAGACCUGGUUAGUAUCCACUUUGAAAGGCUAAUUAGCUUCUCUUUGCUCCCUUCUACACAAGUUAAACUUUUUAAGGUGUACCAAAUGAAUCUUUUGUUUUCUUGUACCAUUACACUCAUACUCUUUAGCAUGACAAAGCUGUGAAAAAUGUAGAUUAGAUUAAACAUUUCAAGCAGCUCUGCAGAGAAGCCAUUUUGAAGCUGCUGUCUGCCUUUGGUGCCACGUGUUGCCAUUUCUUCACAACCUGUUAUGGUGCAGCCAAAUCAGCCUUUUUAUAGUAAACUCAUAUAUAUCUAUAGCCUUUUAUCACGUGAUAUGUUCAGAUUUGUAUAUAUAUAUAUUUGUGCCGGUCACUCGAGUUAGAAUAAACUGUAAUGAAUCCAUGUAGUCAGUGUCACAGGGUUCACUUAAAAUUAUAGCUCCAUAUUUUCAAUGAUUAAAUCUAUGCAUUGUAUAUCAUCAUUUUGUUUUGCAGAGAUCUUUUAUUGUAACAUAGCGCUGUGAGAUGAUAUGGUCUUAUAUAUGGUCUUGUUAUUGUUUGUGUCAGACUCUACGUUCCAGAUUGUUCUAUGGGGAAAAAUGAAGUUUAUCUAGAGAUGAAAUAGAUGAUGCAGUGAUUGAUAUGCUAAGCUUUUUGUAAACUGACAUUGUUGUAUUUCUUGUAUUUAGCUACAGUUUUUAGAAAUAGCCUCAAAAAGCAAUUUGUAAAGAUAUAUAAUGCAUUUUUAACACAAUAGAGACAUGUUUAAUCUGUCAGAGAAAUCUUGGACCAAGUUUUAUAAUUUUUCAGAGUAGAAAGUUCUUGCACUUUUGCUUACAUUUUAUAACAAAGUGCUCCUCGUGCUGAGAGGAUGACUUCCCGUUGCCUAUUUUAAAACAAAAUUCUGUUACAUUAACUCAUAUACAGAAAUAACUGGAACUGUGUUCUGUGAUUUGCAAUCAAAAGAAUAUGUAACUUGUUCUAUAUUGAUGUAUUAAAACUUAAAUAAAUGUACUUCUGUGUAUAAAA